AUGUCUACAUCUUCAUCAUCUCGUUUAUAUAGCGCACCUAGACGAAAAAUUCUUCCGACUGUCCUUAAUUUUAUGGAUAAUUCUCGUAUGAUAUCAAAUACUAAUGCUAAAUACAAUAAAUCAUCAACAGAUAUAUUCGAUCUACUACGACAAGCUAUAAGUGAACGACGACGUAUUGAAGUGUUGACACGUGAUUGUCGAGGUAUCUAUGGAAUUCUUAUUGGAUGGCUCAUUGUUUUUGAUAAACAUAUGAAUUUAAUUAUGUCUGAUGUGGAUGAAGUAUUUCGACGAUUAACUGAUGGUCAUGAUUAUCUUGAGUUAGGUUCAAAAAAACAAAAUAUACCAUCAACUGAUAUAUCUAUAUCAAAGACACCAGAAAUAACAAAUGAUUUUCAAACAUUUCGAGCUCAAUUAGCAAAUUUUUUACGCAAUAAAAAAAAACAACCAAUUAUUGCUAAACCACCACAACGAUCAUUUAUUGAUGAAGAUCAAGAAGAUGAUGAUGAAUAUCAACAAUCAUGUGAAUGUCAUCCUGAACAAUUUUUAUCAAUGGAAUUGUUGAGUAUUAAUAACUUGACAGUACAACGUCUUAGUAAUAAAACAAAACAUGUUGAUACAUCAUCAUCACAAACAUCAACAAUAUUACCAACAUCAAAACGAGCUAAAUGGACACUCCCGUCAAUCCUUCAAUGGUAUCGUUCAAUAAAUAAUUAUUCAAUACCAAUUGCUAGUCAAUUUAAUGAUUAUCCUGUUCAUAUUGAUGAUUCAUAUAUUAAUAGAUAUAGUCUUCUUUCAAAUGGAUCUUUAAAAAUUGAAAAUAUCCAAUUAAAUGAUAACGAUACGUUUGAAUGUCGAUUGAUUUUAAUUGAUCGUGGUUUACUUGAUAUAAAAGAAAAAUAUUUUAUAACACUUCGUGUUAAUGAAAAACCACGCUUUAUCAAUCUAUCUAAUCCAAUACAAACUGUUGCACCAUAUUCAACGGUAAAUCUUCUUUGCCAAAUCUAUGGAGUUCCAAAUCCAACGGUUACAUGGUAUAAAGUUAUUCAACGAAGCGAACAAACAGUUGAUUACGAAGACUUACGAUUACUUCUAGUCAAUAGUCAAGAGCUGAAAAAUGAAAUUUCAAUAUCUGAUACGAUAUCAUCACAAGAUCGUAUACGCACAUUUAGUGAUGGCAUUCUUAAUAUUAAUAAUAUUGAACCUUCUGAUCAUGGAUCAUAUGUAUGUAAAAUCAGUAUAUUCAAUUCAACAAGUAUUCGUAGUAAACCAGCUUUUAUCACUGUUAAAUAUCCGCCUAUUCCUUCACGUAAUCGUCAAACAAAUAAUUUAACAUUAAUUCAAGGUUCAUUAGGUAUAUGUCCAUGCCUACUCGAUGCAUAUCCACCUAUUCAAUCGGUUUCUUGGUAUCGAAACGGAAGGCCUAUUCGUAUUGAACCAAAAGGAGGUGCAUAUACUAUCAAUUCUGAAUAUGCUUUGGUUAUAAAAUCAAUUGAAAGAAAUGAUAAUGGUGAAUAUUUUUGUCGUGCACAAAAUCCAGAAGGAUUUGGUCAUGAUAGUAUACCAUUUGAUGUUAUAGUAAAAGAACCAAUUCAAUUUAUUUCAAAACCAGAUUCAAUUUAUUAUGUUCAUGAAAACGAUCGAUUAAUAUUACCAUGUGUUGUCUUUGGUAAUCCACAACCAAGGAUUAAAUGGCUUAAAAAUUCAAUUGAAUUAAAUGAAAUCGAUGAAAAUUUAACUUUAGAAUAUAUUGAAAAAUCUGAUCAUGGUUUAUAUAUAUGUCAAGCAUCAAAUGAAUAUACAACAAUUAAUAUAAGUACUUUAAUUAUAGUUGAAAAUACAACACCACAAGCACCACUUAACGUUCGAUAUGAACAAAUUUCAACAAAUAUAUUACUUUCUUGGGAACCUGGUUAUGAUGGUACUCAAACUCAACAUUUUAUUAUUUGGUAUCGUAUGAUAAAAACAAAAAAAGGACAUUGGAAUCAAAUACGUGUAUUACCUAAUAAUGCAACUGAGUUUUUAGUAUUUGAUUUAGAAUUACAACAAACAUAUGAAAUAACAAUUGUAGGAGAAAAUGAUAUUGGUCUAGGAACAUUUAGUUCAAUAAUAUCAGUUUAUUUAAAUGAUAAUCAAGAUUCAUCUAUUGGAUAUUUUUAUUAUUCAAAUGAAACAAAUUUCUUAAGACCAUUAUCACCUAUUGAUCUUCAUUUAUCAUAUUCAACAUCAAAUCUUUAUAUAACAUGGAAUCAUCCAGAUAUAUAUGAUUCAUUAGGAAAAAUUUUUUAUUAUAUUAUACAAUGGCGUUCAUCCAUUGUUUUUAAUAAUCAACAAUCACAACAAUCGAUUGUUAUUCAAUAUCCUAGUCGUUCAUAUAUUUUAAAAAGUAUUAAACAAAGCAAAUAUAUAAUACAAAUAAUGUCAUAUUCAAGUGAAGGACUAUAUAGUAUACCAAUUGAAUCAGAAAUUAAUAUUCAAUUCAAUUCAAUUCUUGCUUAUCAUGGUUCACAUCAUCUAUUAAUAUCAUUAUUUUGUUUUUUAACUGUAUUAACAUUUGCAACAUUAUGUAUUUGUGUAUUUUUUCUUCUGAAAUAUUAUUUUAAUCAACGAUCUUUUCCUAAAGAUCUUGAAACUGAUUUGAAAUUGACAUGUUGGUGUUUUCCUUCGAUUCAAUCUAGAUUGAAUGAUAGUUCUUCUGAGGAAACUGAUCGAUAUCAUACAAAUCUUCUUAAAUCAAAUGAUAUUCAAAAUUCACCAAUUUAUUCUUCUCAACAUCACGUUACAACUCAAACAAUAGCUAAUUCAAUUCGAUCACCAUCACCGUCAGAUAGUGUUAAUGACUCAUCAUUAACUUUAGCUAAAGUUUCAACAGUUCCACGUUGUCGUGAUUCAAUAUUAUCGAAUACACUUGCAACACCACAAUUAACACAUCAAUUUUUAUCAACAGAUAAUUCAAAUGCGGUAGUAUCACCUUCUCUUACUUUUGCUGCUGUAUCAAUAGCUAAUGAUGAUAUUAAAAUGAAAUCAUUUUUUCAGCCAAUAUCACUUGAUAAUGCAUCUCCUAUAGCGUAUAGCGAUAUAGAAACUCGUAAAAACAGUUCUCGUCUACCACUUGAAGCUGUACCAGAAUUAAGCGAACUUAAUGUAGCUAAUAGUCGAUAUAGUAUUACUCAAUCAUUGUCAUCGACAAAUCAUAUUUUUCAUCAUUCACAUUCAGUUCAACCUAGUCCUGUUCUUAUUACAUUCGAUUCUAGUUCAUUAAAACGUCGUUCAUAA